AUGGCGGACCAAAAGAGCAAGGCUAGGCUACGGCUGAUCCAGAUCAUGGACUUCCUGACCAUGAACAAGACGGCCACGACAAUCCCAUGGGAUCCCGACUCGACCAAAUUCCCGACAAGAUCAGAGCUCCCCAAAAUCCCAGGGGCUCCCGACGGAGCUGCGUGGGUAUGGGGAGAGAACGACUACAUCGGCCGCCUGAACCUCUUGACACCCACGCGCAUCUUCGCAGCCUCCAAGGAAAUCAAGACGGGCGAGAUUGUGCCCAUGAAUCUUCCGUUGAACGUGCCGGAAGUCCCAGCGUUUCACCGCCAACCCUUCAAGCACGAAAUCACGCCGCUUGCGGUCAAUCUCGCCUACGACGACCUAUACUCCCUCAACACGCAGAGCGGAACGCAAUGGGAUGGCUUCCGACACAUGUCCUGGGUCGCGACCGGGACCUUUUACAACAACACCAAGGGCGACGACAUCACAGGCCCAAGCGCGAACUACAAAUGUUCCAUUCACCACUGGGCAGAGCACGGCAUCGCGGGACGGGGCGUCCUGCUCGACUACCGCGGCUACGCGCACAAAAAGGGCAUCAAAUACGACCCGUACGAAUACUAUCCCAUCAGCUAUGAGGAGCUGUACCAAUGCGGCAAAGACCAAGGCAUCGACAUCCGGCCAGCGGCUGUGGGCGGCGACAUCAUGAUCGGAGACAUCCUCUUCGUGCGAAGCGGCUUCGUGGAAUCGUACAACAUGCGGUCGCCGAGCGAGCGGAAUGCUCUGGCGAGAAGGAAGCACGAUUUCGGCGUCAACGAUGGCCAGAGGUGGGCCGGAUUAAGUCAAGAAGAGAGAAUGAUCGAUUGGCUCCACGACUGCUACUUUGCAGCUGUAGGCGGCGAUGCGCCUGCGUUUGAGGCAUGGCCGUCCCAUGAGGCACAUUACCUCCACGAAUACAUAUUGGCAUUAUGGGGUAUGCCGAUAGGAGAGAUGCUUGAUCUAGAGAAGUUGGCACAAAAAUGCAGGGAGCGGAACAGAUGGACGUUUUUCUUCACCAGCUCUCCAGCAAAUUGUCCAGGCGGUGUAAGUACACAUGUCAACGGGCAAGCUAUCCUGUAAGUUACGGUUUUGUACAGCGCGACAAGCAGGAGGCUCUGUUUUCUGCCAGGAGGGUGCAGUGUCAUCUCAUCACAGUUUUCAAAGCAUAUUCAAAU